AUGGGCUAUUUGGAUGAUUUUGUACAGUUUUCUCACCAGCUGAGCAACUUGUUUGCAGCGACCGUUUUCGUGAAGUCUGAAUACCUUGAUCAGCUUGUUUCAGCUAUUGCAGUGGCCGCGAGUUUACGUGAGGACUACGUUCGUCUUCUUGCGUCCAUCAUUAUCAGUUUCCCCCUCAUUAUUCUCCAAAACUUUAUUCGCAGUCCCACUGUAAAGAAGAUUUACACAAUCACUAUCGGAGUCUCGCUUUUGCAAUUUUGCUUCGGUGUUGGCUGGAUUCACUCCUUUAUUUCGGGUCUGGUUGUUUACCUGCUUAUGCGCUUCAGCAAUCCUCGUAAACAGCCGAUUUACGUCUUUGUCUUUUCCCUUUGCUAUCUUUCUCUCUCCGCUCUCUACACGAUGCUAACGGACUACAUGAGCUACACCUUAGACAGCACGACCUACCAAAUGAUGCUCGUCUCUCGUUUCCAGAUGCUCGCAUGGUCCGUCUUCGAUGGCACCGUCGAUCGCGCCGUCGUCGACAAAGGUGCCGCGCAAACCGACCGCUGGGGCCGCAUCUACAAGCGCCGCCAGGCCGAGUACGUGACCUCGCUGCCCUCCUUGCUGGACUAUUUCAGCUUCGUUUACCAUUAUCCCGGGAUUCUCGGCGGUCCCAACACCUACUACCGCGAGUUCAUCGACAUUAUCGAGAACCGGCGCUAUCCGUACGGCGCCAUCCCCGCGGGGCGAUGGCGUUGGGCGGCGCUGAACCUCGGAAAGGGCGUGUUGUUCCUGGGAUUGUUCGUGGCGGCGUCGAUUUGGGUGCCGGAAAGCGCGCUGCUGGAAGAAGCGUUUGCGCAGCGAUGGCUGGGAACGCGGAUUGCGAUCGCGUAUCUGACGUACGUGGGGGUGCGGUUCCGGUAUUAUGGACUGUGGAAACUGGGGGAGAGUCUGUGCAUUUGUGGGGGAUAUGGAGAAACGGAGAAGGGGAAAUGGGACGGGAUCAGCAAUGUGGACAUCGUGGACUUCGAGUUCUGCACGAGCAUGUCGAUGGCGACGCACGCGUGGAACAAGCGGACGCAGCGGUGGCUGCAGAUGUGCAUCUACGAGCGAUCGCACUUCAAUCAGCUCUACGUGUUCUUGGUCUCCGCGUUCUGGCACGGCUUCUACCCGUCGUAUUAUCUCUGCUUCUUGACGGGGUCGGGGCUGCAGGCGGUGAACAAGAUCGCGCACAGCAAGCUGUGGCCGUAUGUGAGCGGAUCGAAGUGGGAGAAGGUGUUCCUGCGGCUAGGAAAUGUCUAUAUUAUGAUGAUGGGAACGUUCAUGUUCGGCGCGAUGUUCUCGUAUUCGUUUGAGAAGGCGUGGGCCGUGUGGAAGGCGCUGGAUUUCUAUGGGUUGUGGCAGUUGGUGGUGUCGUUCUUGAUUCUGCUGCUGGUGCCUGCGGGAAAGCCGAAGGAGAAGAAGGAGUAAAGAGAAGGUUAUGGGAGUGGAU